GAGAGAUGUGGGGGUGGGGGCUACUCAGGCUCCACCGAAUCAGGGCGCUGGAGAGUCUUGUUGCCGCCGUAAGUGCAGGUAGCGCCGGAGCGUGUUGUUGGGAGUGAAGCUGUGAUCAGCAGCUGAGUGUUCCUCUGUGACCGUGACGCACGGCGAAAAACAAAGUGCGGGCAGCAUCUUUGCAACUGGAGACACGUUGGAUAAAAAUAAAUACAAAAAAAUAAAAAAUAAAUAAAUAAAGGAAGAAGAAAAACAGAAAGAGCCGGAGCCAGCGGAAGAAUCAGCAAGUUGAGAUGCAGCUGCGGGAGCGUGUGGCUGCGUGAGGAGGAGGAGGACGAGGAUUCGGACUCUCCGCUGAGCUGCGACAAGUUUGUGACUGCACGCGUCGUCUUUGUUGGAUGUAUUUGCGUCAAAUGCAGUCGUUUUUAAAAGGGUGAAGUGGACGGACACGGUUUUUGUGCGUGUUUUUUCCUCGGACGCAGCGUGCGCAAAGAAAAUCCAACAAAAAAAAAAAAAAUCUGGGCAAACAAAUGUGACAGCCAAUCGUUGUCUCCCGUGUUUUGACGACUAACGGUGCCGCCGACAGAACAACAACCCACGGAUUCUGAAUUCUGGAAGCUGAUCACUUGUGAUUUCGUGGAGAAAGCGGGGAGCUCACCCAGGUAGCGCACCUCUCCCUCCCUCCCUCCAUCUCUCUCUCUCUCCCCCCUCGGCUGUGCGUAAUGGGAGAAAAGUUUCGGACCUUGCAGGAGAGACGCACUCGAAGCAUCUCUUUGUAAAUAGCAUGCGAGUCCCGCUCUUUCGUCUGCCGCUGACCCCGAGUUUGUAAAGUGGAUUCCGGCCGUCCAGCAUGACUUGAAACACCGCCGAGGUUACCGCGCCAAGACCCGAUUUGUCCAAAAUACGCACAGGCAUCGAUGAUCUAGAGAGGGUUUCUGCAGCAGCAGCAGCAGCAGCAUCAGCGGAGGUGCAGUGAAAACCUGGUCCCGUUUACACACACACACAGAGAGAGAGAGAGAGCGAGAUUUCCACUGGAUGUCUAUGAUGUUGUGCCAGCUCGGACAGAAGUGUGUGAUGGAGGUGAUGGUGCUCACGGUCCUGUCCUGGGUGUCCGUGUGGGCCGAGGAGAAGAUCAUCUUUGACCGACACGCUGUCUACUGGAACAGCUCCAACCCCAAGUUCUGGCACGGAGAGUACAGGGUGGCAGUGAACAUCAAUGACUAUCUGGACAUCUACUGUCCUUACUACGAGGGUCCCCCGUCCCACGGGCGCAUGGAGCGCUACAUCCUCUUCAUGGUCAACUACGAGGGCUACACGACCUGCCAGCACAGGAUGCGCGGCUUCAAGCGCUGGGAGUGCAACCGCCCCACUGGUCCCGACGGACCGCUGCGCUUCUCCGAGAAGUUCCAGCUCUUCACUCCCUUCUCCCUGGGCUUCGAGUUCCGGCCUGGGCAUGAGUACUACUACAUCUCAUCUCCUCACCCAAACCAUGUGGGGCGGGCAUGUCUAAAGCUGAAGGUGUAUGUCAGACCUCCAGAUGGAUCGGGAUAUGAUUCUCCGGAGCCGUUCCUGACCGACGGAGGUCCAAGACGGAGGCCAGGGCCCAUGACCCCGUUAGCUGCUGUCGUGGCUUCACUUCUCCUUGGAUUCUUCUCCUGGCUGUGACUCUUCUCACACUCUUUAUGGAGCUCCCUUCUUGGGUUGCUGAGCUGGCCUGGCUGUCCCUCUAACUCCACCACCCCUCAGGGAAGCCCACUGUCUCCUUCCUUUCUCUUCCCACCUCCACCUUUAUACAACCACCCCCAGUGCCAGCCCCCUCCAUGGUCUAGACAUGGACACCAUUUCCCAGGCCUGGCUACGAGGGCUUGGUCUUGAUCUGUCUGGGAAUCUGCCCUUCUUCUCUGAUCCCCCAAAGUCUGCGAGGGACAGUGUCCUCCCAGCUGAAAGACACAAGGGAAAUGUCUCUGCACUCAUAUCAGGCGGUCCUUCUGAUUUGACUCUUGACUUUUAGCUACCCAUGGGGUAGAUAUUGCUAUAACUAAACUUGUCAAGUGUGCGUUUUUUUCCAUCAUCCAAUCAUGGCGGGAUGCAUCAAGUGAUCGGCGUGGAUGCACAAAAAUUGGAUUUUGCACACACAUUACUGUCCCAUCCUCAAAACCAAGUACUGGAAGUGGCCGAGCUUGCGUUGUAAUUGGAAUUCUAUACUCUCUGGAUGAAUUCCAGCCACAAUGAGAAAAAGAACAUAUGAAUAGAGAUGGAGAGGAGGCGAGUGGCCCGCCCUGUGCACACAAAGAAAAUAGAAAAACAACGCAGACACAGGCUUAAAUAUGAGAAAUGUAAUAUUAUACGUGUUGAUAUUUUCACAGCAAAACGUGAUGUAAAACUCAUAGAGUUUGAUUUUUGUAUGAGAAGCUCAGAUAUCUUAUUAAAAUGACGAGUAUAACCACAGCCGGUCUCAGUAGGAGGGUUGUGUGCUUGGUGUUCUGGGAGGGUUUGGCGGGAUGUACAUUUUCAGGCGGGAUGUGUUUUUGUCUUCGUGUUUCUAAACAAAGCAUUUAUCACGGCCUGGUCAGCACAGGCUUUUCAGCACUGUCAAACGUCGAGUGGGCUCGGGUGACUUUUGGAACCAUGUCUUUCUCAUGUAUGAAUGUACCACUGGUCACCCAGCGCUUUGUCUCUGUGUGUUAUUUUUUUUGACUGUGGUCACUUAAAGUACCUUUCUCUCUCAGACUGGCAGGAUAAAUGGGGUUGGGCAAUUUUGGCAGG